AUGAGAAAAGCUAUUAUUGUUUCCUUCCGCCGCCAAAUCACUAGAACGCUGACCUCCUCCUCUCCCGCUCCAUACGAAACCCUCCUCGAAUCUCUAACCCCGACCCCAGCCUCAAUCCCUCACCUCCUCCAGAUCCACGCCCUCAUCAUAACCAAUGGGUUCUCCUCAAAAUCAGUUCUUGCUUGCCGCCUCAUUACCUCCUAUGCUUCCCUCCGCAGCCCAAAACACGCCCGCAUCCUGUUUGAUCUUUUGCCUAAGAGAGCAACUCACACGUACAAUCACCUCUUAAAAGCCCUCAUGGAUAUAAAACAGUACCAAUCAGUGUUUUGGUUCUACUCUUCUCUGUUAUCCGAUGAAUGGGUAUCGCCGGACUAUGUAACCUUCAGCAUUGUUAUUAAGGCUUGUGUGGCUUUGAAGUUGGAAAGGGUGGGGAAAGUUGUUCAUGCCCAUGUUUUAGUUUGUGGGUCUGAGUCAGAUUUGAGAUUGGAUACUGAUUUGUUGCAGUUUUACUUGAAAUGUGGAUGUCUAGAUUAUGCUCACAACAUGUUUGAUUUAAUGCCGAAAAGGGAUGAUUUUGCUUGGGCUGCUAUGAUUGAUGGGUUAGUAAGAUCAGGAGCUUAUGCUGAUGCUCUUAAGAUUUUUUGCGGGAUGAGAGAUUCCGGUUUGAAGGCGGGUGUUGUCACGUGGAAUGUUCUGAUAUCUGGGCUUGCUCGAAAUGGGCUUUAUAACGAAGCAUUACACUAUAUGAAGUUAAUGCAAUGGGAUGGUGUAAAGCUAGGGUAUGUCAUAUUAUCUUCCAUUCUUGCAUCAUUUGCUCAAAGGGCAGUCCUGAAACCGGGUCUUGAAGCUCAUGCUUAUGUGAUUAGAAAUGGGCUUGAAUUGGAUUUAUUUGUUAUCAGUUCUUUGGUCGACAUGUAUGCUAAAUGUGGUAAAUUAUCAUUAGCUCGUUGCCUCUUUGAUCGGUCUAAGGAUAGAGAUACAGGUUUAUGGAAUGCUAUGAUUGUUGGAUAUGGAAUGAAUGGAGAUUGCAAAGAGUCCCUCUCCCUCUUAGCUAAGAUGAUUGAUUCCGGUGUUCAACCGAGUGACAUAACAUUUACUGCUGUAAUUUCAGCUUGUAGCCAUCGAGGUAUGGUGAGUGAAGGACUCGGGGUUUUCAAUUUAAUGGUUGAUGAUUAUAAAAUCUUGAUAACUUAUGAACAUUAUGCUUGUAUGGUUGAUAUGUUCGGUAGAGCUGGACUCUUGAAAGGAGCCUAUGAAUUCAUAAUGAGUAUGCCUAUAGAGCCAAGUAAAGAUAUAUGGGGAGCUUUCAUUAGUGCUUGCAGGAUUCAUUCUGAUGCAAAAUUCAUGGAAAUUGCAGCAAGACAAAUGAAUGAAUGUAGUGAUACUAGUGAAACUACUGGAUAUCAUGUUAUGAUGUCGAAUAUGUAUGCAGAGAGUGGUCAGUGGAGAGAGAUGGCUGGGCUGCGAACGAAGAUAAAGAAUGGGAGAAUGAAGAAGAGGACGGGGUGUAGUUGGAUUGAAAUUGGUGAUAGUGUUCAUGUAUUUAGUAUUGGAGAUUUUUCUCACCCUCAGCACAGUGAGAUUUAUUUCAUGUUGAGAAAUUUGAAUGAUGAUAUUUCUGGAGUCUCUAUGUCGAAGUUUGAGGAGUUCUUCUACAAUCAAGUCGAAAUUUGA